AUGGCCGACAAACCCACGGCCAACGGCGAUACCAAUGGUAUCAUCACACCUGUUGACGAAACCAACGGUAAUGGCGCCGCCAACGACAACAAUGCCCCUACCAACGGCCCAGAUCUUCUGGCUCCUGAAGUUGUCGAUGAAUCGCCGAUAGUUCGGGACCCAAGUCUCGUCCACAACGAAGAAAACCGCCCAUUUUCAUGGCUCCAGCCGCAUCCCAUCUUUGUCAUUGCUCUUGUCGGGCCUGAGGAGACGCCCUUUGGCAUCCAGAAGGAUUUCCUCUGUGCUAAAUCGGCAUACUAUAAAAAGUAUUUUGUUGAUAACCCAAACCCCGGCUCGCUCGAGAACCUCGUGAGACUGCCCGACACCCCUGUCGAGGUCUUCGCCUACGCCCAGAACUUCUUGUUCACCGGCCACGUCUCCCCCGGUUUCGAUAACCUUCCCUCAUACGAUGUUCUCAUUGGCGUCUGGAAGCUGGGCCACCACUUGGCUAUCGAGGGUCUCUGCGACGCCACUCUUGAUGCCAUGACCGACUGCCGUCGCGUCACGCAGCACAUUCCCGCAACCCCUCUGUUGGUUCAGGUCUGGAAAGAUACCCCUGAGGGCUCUUCCAUUCGCAAGCUCCUCCUGUCAUGGGCCGCUGAGUACAUGCGCUCGUCCGACUCACGCGCCGAGUUUGCCCGCUCACUCCCCCAAGAAGUCCUGAGCGAGUUGGUUGUGGCUAUGAGCUCUUUGGAUACCACUCCUCUUGUUCAGGUUAACGCCGCAUCCGCAGACGCUGCAUUACCUACCAACGCAUUCCAUGUUGGCUCUGCUGCUGCCGCCGCAGCUACCGAGGCCGCGAUUGCUGCACAGGCCGCUCCGCGCCGAAAUGUUCACUAUCUGGAUUCCGGUGAUACCGAUGGUGGCCAAGCUCGACACAUCAAGAAGCAACGCCACUCAGAUGUGCUCCCCAACGGCUCGGCGCCCGCUGUUCCUAAGACGACAAUGGCCAAGAAGACGGGUCCGAGGGUCUCUCUACCAUCCGGGAAGCCCGUAACAAAACGCCGCUCUACUGGCUUUGGGGCUGGCAUCCAGCCGUCGACCAAUCAGAAGCUGAACUUUUGCGCCGAUUUAUUGACGAGAAUGCUCUCUGGUCCUGGAUUCUGGACUCGUCUUGUUGGCCCCUUCAAGGAGCCCGUUGACCCUGCCUCAGAUGGUGUACCAGACUAUCUAGAGAAGGUUACUAAGCCCAUGGACCUUGGCACUAUGAAGGCCAAGAUGGACCGCCGAGAGUACAAUGAUGACCAGGAGUUCCUCGCAGACAUGAACCAGAUCUUCUCCAACUGCUACACGUACUGGAGCAAAAAGGACCCCAUGUGGGGCGCCUGCGAGCGACUCCAGAAGACCUUCGAGGAAAAGUUCUCACAGAUGAAUAAGUGGAUCGCGAAGCUCGAGGGUGACGAGGGAGGUCACUAA